CACAUUUCUUUCUGAGAAACGGGGAGAAACGGGCGGGACGUUGUGUGUGUGUGUGUGUGUGUGUGCUUCAUCAAGUCUCUCUCGGGUUCGUUUUUUUCCACAUAGUGGAAAUUUUGGAGCGGUCUGAAGAUUUCACCACUUUUGGCACCAAACAAGAAUGGCAUUGACUGUGUCAAGUGACUUGUCUGUCAGUGUAACUACAGACCAGAAUGUUAACAAAUUAACAGACAAACAGGAGGUACUGAAAAAAAGCAUACAGAAAGGAGAACCAAAAUCAAUAGGGAUUUCCCAGGUCAUGCUUGGAUUUCUGAUCAUCUCUUACUCUGUGCCACUGCUCUCUGCUAAACUCACAGAGGUUGUCAUUUUUGGCGUGCCAUGGUGGAGUGGCAUAUCUUUUGUCAUUGCAGGUGCUGUUGCUCUUGUAAUGGAAAAACAUAACAGCACUUCUUUGGUCUUUACAUGCAUGGUGUUCACAGUGUUGGCUGCAGUCAUCUCAGUCAUUGCAGUAAUCUUCUACAUCAUUGACAUUAUGAGGAACCCACAGUCUCUUUGCAAUAGAAACUCAGCAAAUACAUGUGAUGACGAGUAUUAUGUCACGAGACUCAGUGUAGAAGUGAAGUCAAUUCUCAUGUCCCUCAGCAUGGUGCAGACUGCUAUCUCCUCUGCUUUCACAUUUAUUCUGUACAAAGAAAGGCAAAAUUAUAACAACUACCUGUUUAUGAAUUAAGGAUGUCCUGCAUACGGAAAAAAAAAAAAUUGACGACUCUGGACUUCAAUCAACCAGUUUCCAUACAUCUUCAUUUUUUACAUAUUUCUAUCAUACAUGGGUUCACUUAUUCUUAGAUAUGUUGUAUUAUAUAAUGGACAGUAUGUAUUGAGAUGUAUUGGAAAGUUUGUUAACAUUUUAUAAAGAAGGCUACAUACAAUUAAUCUUUGAAAUUGCAUUACAGUUGCACUAAAACAAAGGUUUAGUGUUUUAGUACAUUUCAGCUGCAUACAGAGUUCUCGCCUACUCUUUUGCUAGUUUCCGCGAAUGUACAGUACAAGCUGUGUUGUGUCCAAUCUUGCAGCUGGUGGCCUUUAACCUUCCAAAAUUCUUCCACAAGCCCCUACAGAAUUUCUCUCUCAUAACAACAGAAUUACUCAGCUCUUCUGCUUCGUCUAUAACGGGAAACAGUCUGCAAUGUCUGUACAGUUACAUUGUCCCAUAAAUUCUUAUAUCCUCCAAAUUUAGAGAUGCCAAAAAAUGAAUGUGCACGUUCAGUUGUUAGCUACAGCACAUUUGUUUUGUGCUGAAUUUAUAUUAUAUUUUCUGAAUGUUGCAAUACUAAUAGGUUCAUUUAAUGCAUGUAUUAUGCUAUAUAUUGCCUUUUUAUUAAAAAAAAAAGUCUAUAACAAUUGAA